AUGAUAGCCGCUCAGCGGCUGCGUGUAUCACAUGCGUGCCGGCGCUAUGCGACACUGCGAGACCGAUGCCUUGCUCACGACCUCAUAUCCUUCCACAGAGACUUGGUAGAGAUCGAGUCCAUCUCUGGGAACGAGAAGCCGGUCGGUGAUUGGCUUGCCAAAAGCUUACAGGCGCAAGGCUAUAAUGUCGAAAAGCAAUACCUCUCCCGCCAGCCUGAGCGAUUCAACGUGCUUGCGUGGCCGGGCGAUGUUAGAGACGCGAAAGUGAUGCUCACAAGCCACAUCGAUACUGUACCACCAUUCAUUCCAUACAAGCGCUGCAGCAACGGAACAAUACAUGGCCGAGGCUCCGUCGACGCAAAGGGUAGCGUGGCUGCUCAAGUGCUAGCAGUCAACAAGCUUCUCGCAACCUCGCAAAUCUCUCCUUCAGAUGUGUCCAUGCUCUUUGUUGUCGGGGAAGAAGUUGGAGGCGUGGGCAUGAAAUUCGCGAAUAACUUGCAACUGAGGCCUCGCGUUGUCGUCUUUGGCGAGCCGACGGAAGGCAGAUUGGUGGCAGGCCAUAAGGGUAUCAUAGUCGCACACAUUCAUGCCAAAGGCCAGGCGGCGCAUUCAGGAUAUCCGUGGUUGGGCAGGAGUGCGACGGCUAUUCUCGUCGCUGCUGUAGCACGCCUUCGCCAUCUUGGCGACCAUCUCCCGCAGAGUGAAAAGUAUGGCAAGACGACCAUAAAUCUUGGCCUCAUAGAAGGAGGCGUAGCGCUCGGUGUCGUGGCUGAGAGUGCAUCGGCUGGUCUCGCUGUUCGCAUUGCAGAUGGAUCGCCUGGCGAUAUCCAAAAUGCCAUUACUCAUGCUGUGCACGAGGCUGUGUCUCCUUUCUUGAGUAGCGACAUGAAAGCAUCGGAUGUUGUGGAGCUCGAUUUCGGUAGCGCAGGAUACGGGCCUAUCGAUCUCGACUCUGAUGUGCCAGGGUUCGAUGUGAUGACAGUGAACUACGGUACUGAUAUACCAUGGCUGAGAAAGACAGUGCCGAAUCAGAAGAGGUACCUAUUCGGCCCUGGGACGAUCUUCGUUGCGCACACUGAUCACGAGUCACUCACGGAAGCGGACUUGUUGGGUGCGGCAACAGGUUACGAGCGAAUUGUGCUGCAUGCGCUACAUAUCAGCGCUUUCUGGUGCGAGAGAAAGUUUUGA